AUGAGUAUCUUGGCCUCCGUGCUCCCAGGCAGAGCCUCGACUGGCCCGUCCAACCAGCCCUAUAGGCCUGCCCCAAGAGGCGCCGAAACAGGCAAAUAUCUCGCGCCGUCCUUGGCGUUGGACAGCGACGCGGCGGAGUUGCCGCGGUUCCAGCCGGGCGGCGCCACCGGCACGCAUGCGGGCGAAGGCGGCGGCCUCUCGGCGGCCCUGGCGCAGAACCUGCGCUUCUUUCUUCCCAUGGUGAUGGAUUCCGUCAACGAGGUCAGCUACAAAAUCAGCGUGCCCAACUUCAGCACCCUACCGCCGCUCCGCUUGGGCGGCAAGUACAUCACGGACAUGAUCAAGAUCGACUCCAUGACGCCGGGCGACUUGUACGGGGCCCCCAAUCUCAACAAGACGUCGGGCCUCGACAACUACUACUUCGACAGCGACAAGGCGCGGGGCGGCCUUUCCCGCUUCGAGAAGGUGGCGCAGACGGACUUGCCGGACCGCUUUUUCGAGGAGCACAACACCACCGCGUGCUCGACGAAAAUGGGCCUUUUCGCCGCCGUCAGCCGUGCGUGGAUCAUCGUGGACAACAAGUUGCUUUUCUGGAACUACAAGCUCCCCCAGUCGUCGUUCAACAAGGCGCACCAGUUCCUCACCAUCGACCUGGUGCGCCACUCCAUCCUCGCGGUGGACUUGGUGCGGCCGAAAAAGGGCGUUUUCGUCGACGACGCCAACUUCCUUCUCCUCAUCGCCACGACCAUGGAAAUCCAGAUCUUCGUGGUCAAGCACGACGCGGCCACCAACAACAUCGAGAUCUAUAACCCCAAGCUCUCCGUGAACACCCAGGGCCUCAUUGUGAACCGCUUCGUGGCCAACGAAAUCACCAACGACAUCUACUUCUGCGGCGAGGGCAACGGCGUCAAGGUCUGGCGCCUCGACUACUCCAACAACGCGUCGUUCAUCAAGAACAAGUGCGACAAGGUGUGCCUCACCAAGAGCGGGAUCUCGUCGGUCCUUCCCAUUGGCAAGAUCCUGGGCUUCGAUCUUUUCACUCACGAGGCGGAGCACGGCAAAGGAAAGCCACCCGGGGCCGGGAAGCCGAUCGCCACCCCGGAGGCCAUAGUGCAAUUGGAGAUGGACGCUGCCAGAAACGUCUUGUACUCGCUCUCCAACCACUCCGUGAUUCGCGUGUACAAGUUGGCGCUGAACCAGGAGCUGUUUGUGCAACACAGCCUGUUGUCCGCAACUGAGAUCUUCAAGUCGUUGUCUCAGUUGAUCCCCGACUCGGCCAACAUCAAGUCCUUCAACAAGUUCAGGAUCAUGAGCAUCCAAGCAAUCUCACAGAGGGAGUCCGCAAACAUCCUGCUUAUUGCCGUGACCAACUUCGGUAACCGGAUCCUUUUCAAAUUGGGCGCCAGUUCCACGUAUUCCUUCAUGUCCGCCGCCUCGAGAAGCUCCGCCUCAGUCAAGCUUACCGUGGCCAGCAUGAGGUUUCCCCCAACAAGAGAAGAACCCAAAAUGAACCCCGAAUUGGACUCCUACAUCAGAAUCAAGCAAUACGUCGCGCAAAUGGUUGCCAACCAACAAAACUCGGAGCUCUUGAAAAACACCAAAUUCUCCAAGAUCCUCAGUCCAGGCGUGUUUUUGGCCGUCAAGAAAACCAAGAAUAGCGACCGCUUGUUUGUGAGCUCGGUCAACUAUGGUUUUUUGAAACACAACAAUAAGCUAAUUGAAGACGCCGAAUUUUUGCCCGUCGCCACGGAUGGCGGCAAUGAGACUUCCCCUGUUGUCAUCCAUGACAUCGUGCAACUCACUCCUUCCAUGAAUGCGACGGAGACGCCAAGUGGAUACGCUAACAUUCUAGCAUCGCAAUAUACAAAGAAGCCUUUGGAGUUCGCCGUUUUAACGAACUAUGGAAUCAGCGUUUAUCGCUACAGGACGCCUGACCAGAUCAUCAGCUCUUUGGACGACAAAGUCAUCGAGAACUUUAUCGAAGAAAAUGGGUAUGAGGAAACAUGCUCAACCUUGCUUUACUUGGCUUGCUCAGCCAAACAGAAGACCGCUGAUAUCUUGCUUAAAAGAAAGGCUCAGUUGUUAUUUUCACAUGCGGGAAACAAUGCCCGUUUGAUCGAGAGCCAAAGCAGUCAUCCUACACAAGCUCAUGCCUCAAUAAUGCCCUCCGAGUCGCAGCCAAUGGUGGAGCUGGUCGUGUUGAGUGACAGGUUUUACGGCACGUGCUUGCUCAUCUCUAGAUUGUUUAGAGAUAUGUGGAGCGUGAAAGUUUUUGCCCCAUUACCACAUAUUAAAACACUCAAAAAUGGGUCCGUCGAAGUGUCUUCUGUGAAAGAAGACAACCUUUUGAUUGAAGGGGUGACCAUCAACAAACAGCAGGUGGAAUAUCUCAUGGGUUCGGUCAUUGUUCUUCUAGACUUCUUGAAUGAGAACCGUACCAACAUCCCAGGCCUUAAUGCACCUUCGUAUAGCUCAGAUCCUUCGAAGCUUGAAAAUGAGGUGUGUGUUCGUGCCGAACACAUUGCAUUCACAUCCAUUUUGCGGUCAUUGACAUCGAUGAAAGAGGCGUUGUCAUUCUUGAUGGUUUUAAUCGAGGAAACUCAAGUAAACCAGAACAACCACAACGACAUCUUCAAGUUUCUUUCACUCACAAACCAGCUCAAUUUGUUGACAUUGAACCUCAAGGACUUGUUGUUACCAAGUCUUGAGGUCAAAAAUCUCAUCAAAGACUUGUUGUCAUCUAUCAUCAACAAGACAAUCUUGAAGGGUGGCUCGAUUGACUUGAUCGCGUCGUCUUUGCAAGGUCGCUGUGGCUCAUUUUGUUCUAGCGAUGACGUGUACAUUUUCAAGGCCAUCGAAAACCUUACCAGAGCCAAGAAUAUUGGCAACAGGGACAACGAAAUGAGAUUAAAGUGUCUUCGCAAUGCCGUGACGCUCUUUGAACAGGCCAGCGAUUCUCUCACAUUAGAAAACAUCGAAAACUCCAUCGAUAUAAUGUUGUCACUUGACUUCUACAAAGGUGCAGUCGAAUUCUUGUUGAAGCUUGCAAAGAGACUACAAGGUGUAGCAGGUACGCUGUCCACAGUUGUACUCAACACGAGCGAGGAGAACAAUGGCUCGUUUGCCCACAUAAACCUUGAACAGAAAGAAAAGAAACGCUUGCAGCUAUAUGAUUUGAUCUUCAAGAUUCUCGUGAAGCUUGAUGUUAAGGCGAUACAAGUUAAUUCAUCCAACAAUCAACUCAUGAUCAACGAAUUCAUGGAGCUUAGAGACCUGACUUAUGAUACCUGUUUUGCCUCGCCAGACAAAUCGUUCCAGUAUGAGUUCUACCGUUGGUUUAUUAGACAGGGAUGCAGUGAAAGACUUCUCACUGUCAACACCCCUUUUAUUUUGCCAUUCUUAGAAGAAGUGUCUCAAGACGACCUCUCUUUAACAGAACUAUUGUGGUUGUACCACGCGAAAAGAGAGGAAUACUAUCCGGCCGCACGAAUUCUCUAUUUUUUGGCCAUAUCCAACUUCAAAUUACCUUUGAGACAAAGAAUCGAGUAUCUUACCAGAGCUAGCGGAUUUUGCAAUUGCACGUGUCCACCAAGCUUGAGACAAAAUAUAAUCCAGCUUUCGACACUCAUUAAUGAGCUUUUUGAAGUGGCGAACGUGCAAUUGGACCUUUUGACAAUGAUUCAAGCCGACCCACGAGUAAGCGUUGAAAACAGAGAACACGCAACAAACUGCUUAGACAAUAAGAUACAAAAAGCAAGCGAGCUUUUCAAUGAAUACGCGGAUCCUUUGGGGUACUAUGAAAUUUGCUUCAGAAUUUUCUAUGUUUCGGACUACAAGAACCCCGAUGACAUUUUCAAACGGUGGGAGUUGUACUUCGAGAGACUCAAUUACGAGUACACGGAGAAAAAAGAUAAGUCAAAGCCUUUCUGUCUCGUCUUGAGUGAUGCAUUGGUCUCGGUUGGGAGCAAGAUACACAACAACGACUUCGUUUUUCCUGUUGACAAGCUAAUCAAGUUGAUGUGCAAGUACAUCCAAGCCGCCGCAGAGGAAGACGAGAGUUCACAAAAGCCACCGCUUGGAGUUGUCAUCGACACGUUUAGGAGAGCAGGCGUAGCAUACGAAACACUACACGUGACGCUCAAGACGUUGAUCGAGUAUAACUCCCACGACAUGUAUGCUGGCUUCACGAAAUUUUUGAAGGAGAAUGAGAUGUUGUACUUGCUUCAGAGUUGGUAUCGGAGCGACAAGCGGUUGAGAGAGGCCAUACCCGAGGAGGCCAUUGUGACAAUGGCAGAGUACACAACCGCGAGCGACCCCGUCGCGAAAUGGGUCAAGACUCAAGGUGUAUUUAUCUAG